GUCGUGAUGCCCUCCCCCACCCCGAUAGCUCUGGUCUUGUGUUCCUCUCAGCUAAGAGCCUGCACUAGCCUAAGCCUUAUUGUUCUGCCGUGACUGCUAUAAGGAUAGAAAGAAGAACUGCAACAACAAAGCGGUUUUGUCCUAGGUUGAUGUUGAAAUAAAUAGGAAUCCUAAGAGGAAGUGAUAGAAGUGAUUAGUUCUCAGCAAUGUGGACCGUUCUGUGAAUGUUCCGACCGCAGCGUGGUACGGGCCUUCCUCUUCUGCUGUGACAUACAGAUCUAAAAAAUUCAAUGUGUGACACAUUAGGACACUGAAGAGUGGACAGAGGAGAAGAAGAAGUUGUGUUAUCGGACGUUCCACACUGGAAGACACCUGGAUGCCUUCUCGCCAAAGACGCCUGAUAAAGAGGAAGGCCGCUGUGGUAUCUGAAUUGCAGCUUGGAAUUUCUCGUGGCUUCGGAUAGGCUGCAGAAGACACCUGGAGGCCGUUCUGUUUGGGGGGACCCUACCCAGAAUUUACUUCAUGAGGGAAAUGCUUGGUGCUACUGACCACAAAAAAAAUAUAGGACAGAAAGAGAAAGCAGAGCCACGUUUUAUGAAUGAGAAGAAGGGCGAUCGGGGAGAGUCACAUACGUGGGCUUUCAGUUGGGACAUUGAGGUGGGUUACUAAUCUGCCACAACUUCUUGGAUUUUGUUGAAUCCCACAAUGAUCGUCCGGAGGCUCCGACUAAUGUUCUGUUUUGCAUUGUGAGAAUAAGUUUCGCAUUGAAGAACCUUUGAACAAGAGGGACACUUGUACGAAAGGAAAUGCCCUGAAACACGUAUGAAAGACUAUAGGAUUAUUGGCAACUAAAAUAUUUCGUUCAAGAAUCCUCAAACUAUUUAAUUCCAGUAUGGAGACCAUCCUCUUCAGUUGAUUCCCAUGGUCCAUCCCAUGUGAGUGAAACAGAUGGAAUCCUUGUGUAAAUCCACAAAAUGGCUGCGGGAUGAGCUGGACUCUCCUGCCCAAAAUGUUCGUAUCUUGGACUGUCGUAGCAGGGAGCUUUAUGACUCUUCACAUGUGGAGAAAGCGGUGCAUGUAGCUCUACCUGGGCUGAUGUUACGGCGACUACGCAAAGGCAACCUCUCUGCCCAUUCUCUCCUUCCUGGAUCCCCUCCUGCUAUAAGGGAAGUGGCCCUUUUGUAUGAUGAGUGCACUGCCAGUCUCCCAGGGCGAAUGGGCAUCCAGUCAGAGGAACAGGAACCCGUUCUGGUGACCCUGCUCCAUAAGCUUAGGAAGGAAGGGUGCCAAGCCUACUACUUACAAGGUGGCUUCAGUAAAUUCCAGGCUGAAUUUCCUCACCAUUGUGAAACCAACCUAGACUCUACCAGUUGUGCCAGUAGCUCACCCCUUCCGCCAACGCCAGUGUUAGGACUUGGAGGCCUUUGCAUUGCUUCCGAUUGCUCUGAUGUUGAGUCUGAUCUUGACCGAGAGCCAUUGAGUGGGAUAGACUCUGAAGGCAUGAGUCCACGCAACCAGCCCCCGUCUUUCCCAGUUCAAAUUCUGCCACAUUUGUACCUGGGCAGUGCAAGGGAUUCUGGGAACAUGGACACUCUGGCCAAGCUUGGUAUUCGCUAUAUCUUGAAUGUCACCCCCAAUCUACCUAAUAUUUUUGAGAAGGACGGUGAUUUCCAUUACAAGCAGAUCCCCAUAUCGGACCACUGGAGUCAAAACUUGUCUCAGUUUUUCCCAGAAGCCAUUGAGUUUAUUGAUGAAGCAGCUUCCCAUAACUGUGGGGUACUUGUGCACUGUCUGGCAGGUAUCAGUCGAUCGGUCACUGUCACCGUUGCCUACCUCAUGCAGAAGCUCAACCUGUCCCUCAACGAUGCCUACGACUUUGUCAAGCGCAAGAAAACCAAUAUCUCUCCAAAUUUCAACUUUAUGGGACAGCUGCUGGAUUUUGAGAAAAGUUUGGGACUAAGUAGCCCUGAUGACAAUCGGCCACCUGGCCACUCCUUCUUCACCAGUCCGUCCAGCGAUGAUGUUUUCGAACUGGACUCUUUAGACUCCACGUAGGAAAAUUCUUUGAAGGUUUCGCUGUGACCUUUGCAAGCUAUUAUCCUUUUUGGGCCUAAGCAGCCCAGAUAUCCGGGAACAUCUUCUGAUUCGUUGCUAUAGGGCAGAAGAACAACUUGACAGUACUUAGUCUAAUAUCUAACGCUUUCCAGUCUAGAUUUCAGUGGGUGUAAAACUGGAAGAAGAUGCAUAUGCAUCGGUUGGGCAUUCCCAAGUCCUAUAUCUCAUAUGGUGAGUCCAGUAUGACGUUACUGGAGAUAAGUCCUGGAAAGUUCCUUGAAGAAGGGGGUGAGAUGUGGGACAACAAUUGAGAACCAAAGCAUAUAAACCGAAUGGUAACCUUACAGUAGACUCUUGUUGACUUUUCACUGAGGACCAGCAUCAGAACAUUGUAGCCUUCAUCUGAGGAUAUCAGCCAGUAGACUAUCAGUGCUUUCCCUUCCAGCAUCACAUGGGUUAGUAUUGCUCUAUGAACUGAUUCUCUUUUUGUUAAUUGCUGAAUUUUAGAGCCGAGGCAUCAGAAUGAAGUCUACCCAACUGGGAAUAAAAGCUCCGAUUGGGAACGUACCAUGUUCCUGUUUGAAAUGUAUCACGACAAGGACUGACUCACUUGUUUUGCUUGAUGUGAAUGAUAAAUCCUGUCAGCGGAAUCGAGGUGUUUACAAAGUGAAGGAGCAGGUGGUGAAUAUACACGUUCCAUCUGGAACCCACAUACAGCGAUCAGACUCUGCUUCACCGCACAGGAUGAGUCCAGGCCAAUCUGGGUUGAGCCUAAACAUGCAAAGCCAUGUGUUUCUUUCUUGACUUUUGUACAGUAUUUUUAUUCGUAUGCGUUACACCAUGGCUGAUUGCCAUAGGCAACUUUUAUAAUGAUGCCACUCUACUCAGGCCGCAGGCUAUUAUAAGUUAUCAAGUAUUAAACAAAAUAUAUAAGAACUCAGGAUUACUUCUGGCAUUUAAAGACCUGAUGGGGGCUGACAUGCGGUUGACAAGCUUUUUGUUUGCAUACAGUUUUUAGUAGAGUAUUACAUACCGUAUGCUCCAUAGCCCUGCAGUGCAGGAUGGGAACCACCGUCCCUUAAGAAUGUCUAUAAGGUUCUAUAAUGUCCAAAGUGAAUCAGCUUUUAAGAAAUGUGACCAUAUCGAACAAAGCAAACUCCAAGUUUAUUGAUAUUUUUUUAAAGAAACAGGGAACUUUAUUAUUUUUGCCUUUUUUUUCAGAAUAUUCAUACCUUUAUGACUACAGAGGACAGAAAAUGUCCAGUUCUCUCAGCUGCCUUAACCCAGGGGUGGAAAUCUGAGUGACUGCUGAAACGUCAUAACUGGCCAGUAGGAAUUUGUAUACAUUGUAGAGUAGAUGAGAAUGCAUUAAAUUUAUCCCAACAGGUAAAUUCAAAGGAUCAUUUAAAGUGAAUCUAUACCCUUUACCACUAUGUUGUUUGUGGGAUCAAUAUUCUGUGCUGAUAACCUUUAGUCAGAAAGUUACAUGAUAAAUUCUGGCCACCUGGGUCCACCACUGGAGGGAGCUUAGGAGCUUAGUGCAUACUGUUUUCAGAUUGAGUUCUGUAUAUAAUCAGUAUUCAGUAAGCUUCUUAGUGGUGGCUGCUAGUAUUGAGAAUUCCAUCAUUUAACUCUCGGUCUAUGCAGAUUUGGAGCUCUGUAUGAUUAAAAUAGAGCUCUAACCAUUAUAUAAAAAAAAAAAGUAAAUCAACCAGAAAUGUUGGACCUGUUUAUAUUAGGAAAAAAAAACAAGAUGGUUUUAAAAAGCAGACAUUCACUUUAACUGUUUGUAAAUCAAUUACUUAUUACAAUGGGGAACAGGAAUACCAUAAAAAUAAAUGGUAUCCAUCAAACAGGCCCAGAAUUUAGCACUUUUCUUAAAGGAGAAAUGUCUCUCAAAAAUGUGUCUAUAAUUUAAUAACCUAUCGGUUAAAACAAGAGGCCUUAUAGAAUUUUUUUUGAGAAAAGUCUAUGGCAACCAUUGAUUUCACCUUUAUUUUUUCCAGCGCAAUUCAAAAGCUGAACUGUGAUUGGUUGCUGUGGGUCACAAGACCCCUUCUGUUCUGAAAUGUUUUCAAUAUGUGAGGCACGGGGUGCAGUGACCAAACAAUAUAAGCAAAGCUAUAGAAUUAUAAUAUUUUGGGGUGUCAUGUUACUGAUUCUCAUCUUUUGACCAAAGUAAAAGGAAUCAUUUCAAAGAGCCUCUCUCACACUGGAGGACCUGUCCUAUCCUGCAUUACACAGACAGGCCAUUGAUAAGUAUGGGCACAGUGUGAUACUUAACAUCCCCUAGGGUGGCGCUGAAGGGAAAUUGAACACUUUAGUUUCUCCAUAAAUUUUAACUCAUUGCUAAGGGUCCCAACAGCAGGGGCACUGCAUGAUCUGCUUAUUGUCAUGGGGCCUUUCUUGCAAGUAGAGAUUGUCCAAAGCGGAGAACCCCUUUAAUAUUGCCAUUGCUUGUGGUAAGGGCGAGGCAUGCAGUAGACGCAGUUCUCAAUAUUAACAUGACUGUUAUAAUAGCUGUUUAGUCCUUUAGUAACAGUGAAUGUCAUUGUCUGGACGUCACAUUUGAUGUUGUGUGAUCUUAGGACAUGAGGCCAGUAAGUCACAUUGCUUUGUACCCUACUUUCUUGGCUAUAGGAAACUGUAAUUUAGGAUAGGCUACAAAGAGUCAUUACUCCUGUCUAAGACUUAUAAUUUCUAUAAUGGAGUUAGAAAAGGGAUCUUUAAAGAAAAUCUGUUAUCAGUAUCACCCGCACUAAAAUGUCCUACAGGCUUGUUGUGGGGGAUAUACUGAUCAAAACGAUACUUACUGUGUCCCGAACCGUCCAGCCGUUCUGCCAUUAUUUCGCUUUUUCUUCAUAUGUAAAUUAGGUCCAUGGGUCAUGGGCGGAGCUAUGGGCGGAGCUCUGGGCACCCCUACAUCAUCUCCAGCCAGGCAGGCUCUCCGCCCGGCUCAUCCAUAUGCGUAAUCCCUCUCCCUGUUUGCGCUGCUGGUUUACUCUAUGGCGCACUUCCACAGCACAAAAUAAUGGCGGAACGGCUGGACGGUUCGGGACAUGGUAAGCAUCGUUUUGAUCAGUAUCACCCGCACUACAAGCCUGUAUGACAGGUUAGUGCUGAUGAUACUGAGGACACAUUUCCUUUAAGGAUUUUUAAAAAUAUAUAUAUUUAUACAGUAUAUCACCGCUUAUGUUUAUGUCGAGUGUUGCAGCUCUUCCCUACUUUGUUAAAUAGGCCAGAACUGCAAUACAACACAAUGGGGGAGAUUUAUCAAAACCUUUGUAGAGAAAGAGUGGUGCAGUUGCCCAUAGCAACCAAUCAGAUUGCUUCUUUCAUUUUUAAAGAGGCCAGAAUAAAUCUGAUUUGUUUUGAUUGGUUGCUAGGGGCAACUUCACCACUCUUCACCUACACAGGUUUUGAUAAAUCUCACCCAAUGUCCAAAGUGGCCCUGUUUCUAGGGAAAAAAAACAGAUCUAUUAUUUUUCUAAUCUUGGAGAACUACCUAAAGUGGACCUGUGGCUUGUGCCGAAAACAUCAUCCAUCAUUAUUCAUGGAUUUUUUAUUUAUAUAUUUUUUACAUAGAAGCCCCUUCUCCCCCUCCCCAUAGAUUAGCUACCAGUGCCAUUAUUUUCAGGGCUCAUGAGGGCCUAGACCGUCAGGCUCAGUUCUUCAUGGGAAGAGCCUCAGGUUCACACUCCAUUGAGAGCAGCCUGUGGUAUGGGGUGUACUGGCCCACCAUAUGCCUCCUUGACAAUCCACAUAGCAUCAGGGUUCAUAGCCUGUCAAGGGGGCAUGAACUAGAGUAACGGUGGCUGCCCUGUUGACGGUCUAGGAACUUAUUAGCAUAUCAUGUGUCAAAACUAGAGGCUUAUGUUUUUGGAAGAGGCCACAGGUGCAUUUUAAAGGGGUUAUUCCACAACUGGACCCCACCGAUCACAAGAAUUAAGGUGAAAUGUUCCAUGGUAUGAACAGGACGCACCGCAUAUGCACAUUACUCUAUUCAUUCUCUGUGGGGGCUUCCAAAAGUCCUUGUUAUCGGUGGCGGUCCAAGUGGUCAACUGAUUGGCUAGCUAUACCCUCUUCUAUGGAUAGAGGAUAUGUUUUGACUGUGGAAUAACCCCUCUUUCAGGGUUUGUCUGGUUUGGACAACUCCACAUACUGUAUUGUCAAGUGGAUGCAAAAUGUGAGAUCAAUACGUUGAUCCUGCAGCCUGAAGAUCAAUACGUUGAUCCUGCGACCAGUCAAUGAUUUUCUUCUGAUGUAGCAGAGCCGUCUGUGUCUUUGAACUUUUCUUUCAUAUUGAGGUAAUUCGGUCAUUUUACCUACAGCCCCGUAAAAAGCAGACAAGUGACUUGCGCCAAAUGACUCUAACAGCUCUGCUGCAUUAACGGGUCCUACUUGUGCCAAAACAGGACAGCUAGAAAAGGGCUUGUGUAAACCAGACAACCACACAUGUAAGAUAUAUGGAAUUCAGCAUUAUUCAUAUUUUUAUUCACAAAGUGCAAACUUAUUCUUUUGUAACAAAAAACUUUUACCAGCCUGAAAGAGUUUAGAAGGUUUUCCCAUUUGGGCUGUAAAGGGAACAUCGAGGUUAUAGAUAUGGGCCGGCAUUUAUCAUUGUAGGUGUAAGAGAAGCAGUUUUAUACCCCUUUUUAAUGUGUAGGAGCACCAGAUUUAUUAAAGGGGUACUCCCGUGGAAAACUUUUUUUUUUCUUAAAUCAACUGCAAAAAUUCAUCAAAUGCUCUGCAACCAUUUAAAGGGGUACUCCUGUUUUUUUAUUUAUUAUUUUUUUAAAUCAACUGGUGCCAGAAAGUUAAACAGAUUUGUAAAUUACUUCUAUUAAAAAAUCUUAAU